AUUCAAUUCCAAGACCUUAGCCAGGUGUAUUUGCACUUACACCUUUUCUGUGACGCUUGCGAUAGUUUUUCCGCCUUACGGAAUUAUAAGUGGGGCGAUAUUUGAUUACUUCAAUUAUAUUAUAAUUAAACGUUACUCGAUUACUACCAUAUAAAUAUAUGUACCUAAUUGUUAGUGAAAUUAUAAGUUUGUGUUAAAAGGAAGAUGUCACAAACUGAGUGCCAAAAAAUGAACGACAUCGAUAUGUAUCCAGAUCGAAUAGCGGAACUUUACAAAAAUAAGACUAUAUUUAUAACAGGUGGUACAGGAUUCAUGGGAAAAGUUCUUCUUGAAAAAUUGUUAAGAUCCUGUAGCGGUUUAAAACAAAUUCUUUUACUGAUUAGAACUAAAAAAGAUAAGAAACCCGAGGAUAGGAUCAAAGACAUCAUGAAUGACCCGCUUUUCGACUUGUUAAAAAAAUGUAGAGGACCUGAUAUAAUAAAGAAAGUUGUAGCCAUACCCGGAGAUGUAACUCUACCAGAGUUGGGUAUAUCCAAAGAGCACAGACAGCUGAUCGCAAAUGAAACAGAUUUCAUAUUUCAUUUGGCUGCUACUAUUAGAUUCGACGAGCACCUGAAGAAAGCUGUGAUAUUAAACGUCCGAGGCACGAAAUUCAUGCUAGAUUUGGCCAAAGAAUGCAAAAAAUUGAUAAUAUUUUCUCAUUUAUCCACAUCCUACUGUCAUCUUCACGAGAGGGUACUUAAAGAGAAAAUUUAUCCUCCUCCUGCAGAUCCAUACCAAGUUAUGAAGACUGUGGAAUGGUUAAGCGACGAUAUUAUUGAGGAUAUGACUCCAAAAAUAUUAGGAGAUAUACCUAAUACGUAUGCUUUUACAAAAGCUCUAGGCGAAUCUUUAGUAGCAGAUCAAAUGGAUAAUUUACCAGCUAUUAUUUUAAGACCAUCGAUAGUAAUUCCAGUAUGGAAGGAACCUAUUCCUGGUUGGACUGACAACAUAAAUGGUCCUGCAGGACUAUUGAUCGGUGCUGGAAAAGGAGUUAUAAGAACUAUGUAUUGUAAUUCAGAUGGAUAUGCCGAUUUUUUACCGGUAGAUAUUGGUGUGAAUGCUAUCAUUGCUAGUACAUAUGAUUACGUCACUUUUGGAAAGAGAAGAAUAUACAAUUUAACCAGUUCUGCAGAAUACAAAAUAUCCUGGUCGGAAAUAAUAGAUAUAGGAAGGGAGGUAAUAGAGAAAAAGAUGCCGUUGAAUAACGUAGCGUGGUAUCCGGGAGGUUCGAUGAAGAAAUCCAGAUUGGUUCAUAACAUAUGUUUUUAUCUAUUUCACAUAUUACCAGCCAUAUUGGUCGAUGCGCUUUUAAUUCUUUUGGGAUACAAACCAGUCUUGAUGCGUGUGCAAAAAAGAAUUUCUAAAGGUUUCGAAGUUUUCGAAUACUACGCUAACAAUCAAUGGGACUUUGAUAAUGAAGAUUCUCUUAAAGCAAGAGAGAUUUUGAAUCCAAAAGAGCGACAAAUAUACAAAUUGGACGGUGAUGGUAUAGAUUACGUUGAUUAUUUUACACAUUGCGUUCAUUGUACGAGAUUAUAUAUUCUUAAAGAAACUGAUGAUACUAUUCCUGCCGCAAAGAGACAUAUGAGAAAUAUGUGGUACGUCGACAAAAUUUGUAAAGUGACCUUUAUAGUUGGAAUGCUAUACCUAUUAUGGACCAAAAUAAUAGUACCAACCUUUAGUUUAUUUGUUUAAUUAUUGUACUUAUACCUUUUAAAAGUAUAUAUUUACAAAAAAUGAAGAUUUUUGGGACAUUUUUUGACUUUAUCCUAUUUACCUAACCUAACUUAACCAACCUAAUCUAACCUAACUUAAACUAAUCUAUAUAUAUAUAUAUAUAUAUAUAUAUAUAUAUAUAUAUAUAUAUAUAUAUAUAUAUUUGAUCAUUUUCAUAUCAUAUGAUAUCAUAGAUAUCAUUUUUCAAGAUAUUUCGACGUCCUUUUAUCCUGGUUUAUCCUGGAAUUAUAAUUUUUUGAGAUUGACGUAAUACGUUUUGUACGUCACGGACGCCCAUCAAACUUUUAU